AUGCGAUUUCUCAUCUUUAUUUGUUUCAUAGCAAGCGUUUCUUCAUCUGUCGAUAGAUUUCUAAUCCAUUCUAUCGAUGAUUGCUGGGCAAUCGAGACAAAUAAUACCAUCACAGAUGCACAUAGCGCACUGAUUAGUUUCUCACCCAUACUUGCUGAAAAGAUCGAUCCUUGUUCAGUGCAUAUAACUAAUCCAUGGAUAUCAGAAAUACAAAAUGGUUUUGGAGUCUAUCUUCCCCAUGGUAUGGAUUGCUCAUCGAUUAUAACUAUCGAAUGUCUACCGGGCAGCGCUCUCUUUCAACACACAAUGCCUUCAUCUGUUCAAUAUACAUGUCGAACGAAUGCAAGCGGUAUCGUUAUGCCAUGCAAUUCGAUUUCAUUGACAUCGAAACGGAAUGUCUCUUAUCAAGGAUCUAGACGGGUCGUCGAUGUUCAACUUGUUGCGUUAGCAAAAGGUCCGCUACGAAGAUUUGUUUUGCUCAAUUUAGUUAUCAAUGUAAUUUGCUAUUUAGAACCAUGCAUGAAUAAAGAUCUAUUCUUUCAAUGUCCCAAAGAUUAUCCUCGUUCAUGUAUUGCUCGAAAACUUCGAUGUAAUGGACGGACCGAAUGUUUCAGUGGAGAUGAUGAAUAUCACUGUGAACAUUCUUACGGAGAAGGUUACCUUCCACUGGGACUAAUCAUUCUUCUGAUAAUAGGAUUUCUCUUUGUCGUUUGUAUUGUGUCAACAAUUUUUGCAUGUUGUUUCUGUCGGGCUGCAUGCCACGCAAUUAUUCGUCGUUUUCAUCCAUCGAAAAAACAGAAACUGUUUCAAAAAAACGAUACGACGAUGGUUACGGGUGAAGAUGCUGGUCUAAUGAGAGGUCUUACCACAUCGCAUGUCGUCGAGGCUCUACCUCAACAACAUGCUGAACCGGCACCAUUAAUUAUCGAUUCAACAAAACCUGUUUAUCCUCAUCUCUCAUGA